CUGUGUAGUGCAGAGCAGGUUGAGGGUGGGUGCAGAGCUGUGUAGUGCAGAGCAGGUUGAGGGUGGGUGCAGAGCUGUGUAGUGCAGAGCAGGUUGAGUCAGUGUCAGUGCAGAGCUAGGACUCCGACUGCUCCUGUCUUGCUGGAUUCACACACUCAGGGAGAGUCCUGUAAGCAUCCCGGUGACAUCACACCUCGCCCAGUGACAUCACAUCUCGCCCAGUGACAUCAAAAGGUACUCUCUAACUUGCACCAAUCAGCUCCCAGGAUUACAGCAAGCAACUGCAUUGGUCAGCACUCAGGGGUGUAACACAGCACCCAGGAUAUAACACAGCACUAAGGAAUAAAACAAUAUAACACAGCCCCCAGGAUAUAACAAUAUAGCACAGCACCCAGGAAUAUAACAUCACCCAGGAGAAUAUCAGCCAGGGAUAUAAUACAGCACCCAGGAUAUAACAGCACCUAGGGGUAUAACACAGCACCCAGGAUAUAACAGAACCCAGGAAUAUACCAUCCACCUCUCUGCCAGGCAGAGCAAAGAUUCGAACACUGAUCUGUGAUAUACUGCGCCCUCAGUGUUGGCAGCACACAGUACCCACUGUGCCACGUAAUGUUCUACAAGAAGCCUUAGAUCCACAAGGUGCCACAGGUUACAAUGACAUUAUCCCACUCAGUACCCAGCAGUACUCAGUAUAACAGCUGGCGGUGAGUGGCACCCACAGACUUCCAAUGCUAAUGCCAAGGACACCAGCAGGGUCACAGUCUAACCCAGGGGACAAGGCAAACACUGUGAAACUGAACAGGUGAUACCACCCAGACCCACAGUGUGCAGCACCCAGGAUACAGCACCCAUUGUGUGCCAGCCAUUUCACCAAGGAUAUAGCACCCACUUUGUGCCACCCACCAGCAACCAGGAUACAGCACCCAUUGUGGGCCACCUAUCUAACCCAGGAUACAGCACCCACUUUGUGCCAGCCCUCAGGAUACAGCACCCACAGUGUGCCAACCACCAUUACCCAGAAUACAGCACCCAUUGUUGUGCCACCCAUCUCACCCAGGAUACAGCACCCACAGUGUGCCACCCAUCUCACCCAGGAUACAGCACCCAUAGAGUGCCACCCAUCUCACCCAGAAUACAGCACCCAUAGUGUGCCACCCAUCUCACCCAGGAUACAGCACCCACAGUGUGCCACCCAUCUCACCCAGGAUACAGCACCCAUAGUGAUCCUGGUGGUACCUAUUUGCCUCCGGGGACGAUGUGGCUCCAGCGCCGGGACCGGUUACUCCUAGUAGCGACUCUGUCUGUGCUUCUAGCUGCAGAUGUUUACUUCCACCUGUGGCCGCAGAUCCUGCUCAGACUGGGAAAGAGUUGUGAGUGCAGUGCCCCGCCACCCAGCAGAGUGAGCACCUCCCCUUCCACACAAGAACAAAGGGGCAUUGAGGGGGGCACCACUGUGGGGGGCACUGGCUCCAAACUGCGGGACCUCCUCUCUCACCCACUUUACCAAGCACAGGUCAUCUUGCCCCCCACCGAGGACAGGCUGCUGACCCCCCAGGAGAUCCUGAAGAGCUACAAGAAGAGGGUGUCCCACCUGAACAGGAGGCGCAGAGGACACCGCACCGAAGGGAAUCGAUCUAUAGCCGUGACAGAGGGAAAGUUUGACCCACAUACUCCUUGGCUUCAGUUCCACAUGGAGAUUAGCAAGGAUGCCCUGUACUCCCGAUCCAACAAUGUGGUGGACAGACUCCUAAACCGCAUGGGCAACAUGACAAUAAUUGGAGCCGAUUACACUCCUGACGAGAAGGCGUUGAAUGGAGAAUGUGACUGCACACAGAUUGUGAAACCGAGUGGAACACACCUGAAACUUGUUCUGCGUUUUCAAGAUUAUGGGAAAGCCAUGUUCAAACCAAUGAGACAGAGCCGAGAGGAGGAGACCCCUGAAGAUUUUUUUUACUUUGUGGAUUAUCAGAGGCACAAUGCUGAAAUAGCAGCUUUCCACCUGGACAGGAUCCUUGACUUUAGACGUGUGCCUCCCGUGGCCGGACGACUUCUCAAUCUAACCAGUGAAAUUUUGGACGUGGCUUCCAAUGAAGACCUGGAGAGCGUGUUCUUUGUGUCACCAGCAAACAACGUGUGUUUCUUCUCCAAGUGCCUCUAUAUGUGUAAGACGGAGUACGCCGCAUGCGGAAACUCUCACAUGCUGGAAGGCUCGCUCUCGGUGUUCCUGCCAUCCCUAAACUUUGCUCCGCGCCUCUCCGUUCCGAACCCCUGGAUCAGAUCUUACACCUUCACUGGGAAAGAGGACUGGGAGACUAAUCCUUCUUAUUGUGACUCGGUGAAGCUGCUGCCUCCCUACACCAACGUAAAGAGGCUACUUAACGUCAUGGACCUGGCCAUUUUUGAUUUCCUUAUAGGAAAUAUGGAUCGUCACCAUUACGAAACAUUCACCAAGUUUGGAGAUGAUGGAUUCUUGCUUCACAUUGACAACGCAAGAGGAUUUGGACGCCAUUCCUAUGACGAAUUGACAAUAUUGGCCCCUCUGUAUCAGUGCUGUCUUAUAAAAAAGGAUACCUGGCAACGUCUGAACCUUCUUUCCUUGCCCGAAUACCGGCUCAGUGAUGUUAUGAGAGAGUCUCUGAGCAACGAUCGGCUCCUUCCGGUGCUUACAGAACCUCACUUGGCAGCACUUGACAGACGGCUGCAAAGAAUCUUACAGGUGGUGAAUCAGUGUGUGCAGAUAUACGGAGAGGACGCGGUUUUAAUAAAGGCUAAUGCGCUACAGCCACAGCCCACAAACACACAGGAGAAAGUCGUCCAGAGCUAGGGUCCAAAGAACUUUGAUGGACUUUUACCUCUAGGCCUAAACCAGCGGGUGGCCAUAUUGGCAUUGUGUUCGAAAAGUUACCGUAACCCUGUUAAACCGAUAGUUUUCUUACAAGUUUGUAAACUAGCCCAUUAUAGGAUUGUGAUGCUGCUGUGGGGGCUUAUGGUGGUAAGCUAAAAUAUGGGGGUAAUACGAGACAGUAUAAAUACCGGUGCUAAAAACCAAAAAAAAAAAAAAAAAAGAAGAACACCUUGGUCAAGUCCAACCCCAUGAUUUCUACUUAUGUCCAAAAAAAAAAAACUGAGGGUUUUAGAAGGUAAUUUAUAUCUAGAUACAGUUUAAAUGGAAUAUAUUGUUUACAUUGAUUUAUGUACAGAUAUAUUGGGGGACAAAGCAAUUCUAGCACAAGGUAAACAUUAAACCCCAUACAGUGAUUUUAGUACGGUUUCACACAAUGGGUACAUUAUUAGAACUGCAUAGCCAGCAUGAAUAACGUUUAGGCCGAAAGCCUGUGCAAUGCAUUGCAUUCAUCUCAAGCACAAGGAAAAAAAAAAUGCCAGCAUGGAGAUUA